UGCCUCCGCAGAUGCCAAGCUGCAGAGUAUUUCCAACGACCCUUGCCUUUUUUCGGUUUGUGUUUUGCCAUCAACACCAUUGGCUUUUCCUGUGGGCUGUGACCACGUCCCCUUAAAAAGAAAAGGGAGAGAUGACAAACCUCACCACCCACCCCACCCCACCCUCCCCUCCCCUCCCCCAAGCCUAUCACAGGAGUCGUUGUUGUCAAAUGUUGACACAACUCCACAGGAACAUUGUUGGUGAGCCCAAGGCAAACCGAGUGGGUCAGAUUCAGAGCAGGGCGACCUUAGGGGUGUUGCUUGGUGAUUCCCCCACCCACACACACACACACACACGCAUGCAUGCAUACACACACAUAUCCCCACAACCCCAAUCCUCUCUCUCCCUUGGGAGGGGAGGGGGGAAGGUGUUGAAAUAGUUUCGGUUUGUGAUUGAAAGGGAAAGCGGGGGGGGGGGGUGUUUUUGUUUUGUUUUCAGUCUGAGAAGGGUGGGGGUGGGGGUAGCGGCUGUUGCUGCACCAUGUUGCUGUGUUGAUGUUGGCUUCAGGCUCUGACGGGUUAUCAGCUGCAGCCGAGCGGUCGCCGGCUUCAGACGGGGCUGAUGAUGAUGAUGAUGAUGAUGAGGAGGAGGAGGAGGAGCGGCGGCCGCGGCUGAGCGCAGCUCCCGGAGCAGGAGGGCUCGCCGACACCAUGAAGGAUCCCGCCGGGCCCGAGUCGCUGCUGCGGUUCCUGGGCCGCCGGGCCCUGAGCGGGGACCGCUUCCUGAAGGAGGCCUUCCAGCGGCAGCGCCUGUCCGCCUGCAGGAACCUCUUCAAGAAGGACCUGCUCGGGCACUUCGGCUGCGUCAACGCCAUCGAGUUCAGCGGCGGCGCCGGGGAGCUGCUGGUGUCCGGAGGAGAUGACCGUCGUGUCUUGUUGUGGCAUGUUGAUAAAGCUAUUCAUUCAAAAGCUAAACCUGUCCAACUAAAAGGCGAACAUCUAUCCAACAUAUUCUGUUUAGCAUUUGACAGCACAAAUACCCAUCUCUUUUCAGGAGGAAACGAUGAACAAGUGAUUGUUCAUGAUGUUGAAAGCACAGAAAUAGUGAGUGUUUUUCCCCAUGAUGAUGCUGUAUAUGGCCUGUCGGUGAGUCCUGUGAAUGACAAUGUAUUUGCUAGUUCUUCAGAUGACGGCAGAGUUCUUAUCUGGGAUGUACGAGACUCGCAUGGAGAACCAUUUUGCUUGGCAAAUUACCCCUCAGCCUUUCACAGUGUGAUGUUUAACCCUGUUGAGCCCAGACUUUUGGCUACUGCAAAUUCCAAAGAAGGAGUGGGCCUGUGGGACAUCCGCAAGCCUCGAAGCUCCUUGCUCCGUUAUGGAGGAAAACUUCCUAUGCAGAGUGCCAUGAGUGUCCGCUUCAAUAGUAGUGGGACCCAGCUGUUGGCACUGCGGCGUCGCCUACCUCCAGUAUUAUAUGACAUUCAUUCGCCACAGUCUGUGUUUGAGUUUGAUAACCAAGGAUAUUUCAAUUCCUGCACUAUGAAGAGCUGUUGCUUUGCAGGAGACCGUGAUCAAUUCGUUCUGUCUGGCUCAGAUGACUUUAAUCUGUACAUGUGGCGCAUACCUUCCAGUUUGGAGACAGGAGGCCCUGCCAGAAUUGUGAAUGGUGCUUUUAUGGUGCUGAAGGGCCAUCGUUCCAUCGUCAAUCAAGUGCGCUUUAAUCCUCAUUCAUACAUGAUCUGUUCAUCAGGAGUGGAAAAGAUUAUCAAGGUGUGGAGUCCAUACCUCCAACCAGAUUGUGCUGGAGACCUAGAAGGAGCAGUGGAAGAUGACACCCGCAAUCUGUACACUCACGAAGAGUACAUCAGCCUGGUCUUAAAUAGUGGGAGUGGUCUGUCUCAUGAUUACGCCAACCAGUCAGUACAGGAAGAUCCACGGAUGAUGGCUUUCUUCGACUCCCUCGUAAGGCGUGAGAUUGAGGGUUGGAGCUCUGACUCGGACAGUGACCUGAACGAGAGUACAAUUCUUCAGUUGCGCGCGGGGACCAGUGAGCGUUCAGGAUACAGUGAUACUGAGUCUUCCGCUUCAUUGCCGCUGUCGCCCCAGCAGGGUGAGGACUCUGAUGAGGCGACCUACACCCUGGACCGACAGAAGCUGCCAAAUACUUACGCGGUCAAGGAAGACCUGCGGUCGCGUCGGCAGCGGUUGUCCGCCCUCCGGCGCUACCAAGACGAGCGACUUCGGACUCUUUCAAACGACUCCGAUUCCUCUGAGAACAAUGGCCAGCAAGUAAAUACAGACUCCGACGCGGACCCCGUGAAGAGGCCUCGAUCGCCGAGCCCAGAGGCAAACGAUUCCAGCAGUUCCAGCAGUAACGGUAGGCGUCGCGCAUCCAUGCGGCAAAGAAAUGCUGCGAGAGCGAAGCAGAAGCUUCGUCGGGAGAAAAGGAGCACUUCACAACUCGAAAAGCUAAAGCAGUGUUGUGCUGCGGAUCGUAGUAACUGUUCCCAAACACGCGAUGGCGAUAAUUCGUCGGCUUCGUCCUCACCAGAAAGAAGCAGCACUGAGUUUGAUAACAGGGGAAGAAUAUCUCCUUACUCAGACAGCGAGUCUGAGGUCAGAAAGGUUUAUAAAGCCUACAGCAAAAUCCAGAACACCUUCAAAUCGCAGCUGAAAACAAAAGGAGACACGAUGACAUUUUUAUCACUGGCAGAUAUGCUGGACACAAGUGAGACAGGCAGUUCAGUAAACUCUUUAACACAAGAAAGCGAUGCUGCAAGGAAAGGUCCGAUAGUACUUCAUCAUAGACUUAGAGAGGAAAGAUGUUUUGACGAACACAAUGGUGAAAGCACCAGCUCAGCAGAGAACACAAACGUACAGGCAAAGAGCAAGCAUUCAGUUUCGCUUGGUCAUGAAUGCAGUAGUCUCACACCUGUAAAGGAAAUGACAUCUGGAGAACAGGUUCAUGUUGUUGAAGAUGCCCCCAUUGGUUGUGCUGAGCAUUGCUAUGAGGCCAAAAAGGUUAAUGGCAAAUCGGUCUGUGUCGGAAGCAACAGUAACCUAACUAACCAGUGUCAUGCAUUUGGCAGCCAGGCACAAGAGCUAUGUGGUCACACACAGGUGCUGGAUGGCCAGAUAGCCAGAGAAGAAUCUGGUCAGGAAUUUAUUAAAUCCACAUUGUCUCCAGAAAUUCAUUUAGCUGGAGCAAGAAGUAAUUCUGACCACGUUGAUAAAUCCAAAGCCAGGACUUGUGAUGUGGAAGAUAGGUGUUCAGAGACUUCCUGCAAUAAUGGCCUUUUUGAUAGGCAGUGUGCAGGCCACUGUGAACAGGCUCGCCCAGAGCAGACAGAUUCCGCAGUGGCCUCCAAAUCCGAAGCUUGUGGCUGUGUACAGGUGGCUUCACUACACCACAAGGAAGACAGUUCCCAAUCUGGGAUAAGUGAGCAUUAUGAGUGUGCUAAAAAAAUGAUAGCACUGCAGAAAAUUUUUGAUUGUCGCCAAGGGACCCUGUCACCAGCUGACACUGGCCAGCCUUCUGGAGGCUUAAAAAGGUUGAGAAAAGAGCUGGAUCCGGACUACUCACCAGCUGAGAAGAAGCAGAAGACAUGAUAUGAUUUGCACUUCCCCAUACCAGUGCCUCAGAAUGUCACUGAUGAAAGCAUUUAACUGGAACUCCACAAGACACUGGCCUGUAAAACAGUGAGAGGUUUUGUUAACAAUUAUGUAAAUAAGUCAAUUUGUUGAAGAAAUGCUAAUACAGAAAUUUGUAGAAUGUGUAUGAUAAUGGUAUAUAAAAUACAAAUUAUUUGGAGUGAUUCUAACUUUGGAUUCAGAUAUCCAAUUUGUCUUGGAAGGUUUGUACUUCUUCUGUUUAAGUAUUCAUUAUACCAAGCAAGGGUUUAUGGUACAUUUGGCAUCUCAGAUUGGACAGAUCAUUAUAAAGCUUCCCCUCCUAUCAACUUGGUAAAGAUGAGCAAAUUUAUAUAUGAUCCAAGUGUUCAAGCCCAUGGAAUAAUAAUUAAACAGAUGAAGACUUUUUGAAAUCUAACACUUUAUAGUUCUUGAGGUUUUUCUUUGGUCUUAUUUUAAAUUGCCACGUUUAUAUGGCAGCCUUUUAUUCAUGCAAGGAGUCGACAGUUUGAUUCUUAAGGAAAAUGUUCAACAAGUUGGUUAUGUAUGUGGAACACAGUGAUCUGUUGGCGAAGAGAGUUCGACUUAAGCAGCGGUCAGGAAUAAAGUUUUUGUGUUUUGCGUUUAAUUUCUUAAUGAGAAUUAUUUGAAGCACAACAUUUCUGCACAGUAGGUACAUGGUCAGCUGUUCCUUUCCUUAACAGACAACAGAAAUAAACAUGAACAUUAACAUUACUUUUGUGUCUUGCAGCCUUCCUGCAUCAAACCUAUUUUGUUCAUUCACCUGAAAAGGCAACGUAACAUUUCACAGCCACAGUUAGAUCUUUGAGUAUUAAUUUGAUUCAGAAACCUCAUGGCGUUUUAUUUUACUGUGGUUUUUAUUUGGCAAGAGGAAAGAAGAAAGAUGGUUAACCCUUGCUCAUUGUAUUAUCUUUGAGUCAAGAGCCAGUAUCGGUUGAACAAUGAACCCUCCAAAACUCCUCUGAAUUGGCAAAAUGCUCAGUUCUGAAAGUUUGUCUGCCAGUCGUCUUGGACAUUCAUGUAAACAUCCAUUGGCCUGCAAUUGCUCAGAGCAAAAUUGGAAUAACUAUUUUGUUAUGGACUGCAUUAGUUAGCUGAAGAUAAUUUUGAUCUCCAAGACAAAGCUACAAAUGCAGUCAUAAUGAUACCAAUGUUGCAACUGUCCUUCAUGAUUGAGUAGCCGUUGGUUGUUUCUGUAUCCUUUCACUUCAGCCCAAAUGUGGUGGAAACCUCAAAUGGGGGCUUGGACAGUUAACUCAGUUCUGAAAUUGGAAUACUUUAUUAAACAGAAAGUCAUGUUAAAUUAAUAAUUCCUUUAGAAAGUGGUAUUAGAACAACUGGUGUGAGUAAUAACGUGGUAGGCGAUUCUUGUUAAGAUGCACCUCUUGGAAGGUAUCCAGUGUUCAGUAUAUGCAGUAUUUGCAUGGUGCUAAUUUGCUUGAGCAUGAAUAUCCCUCGUGACAUAAAAAGGAGGAAAAAAUGUCAAUAUUGUCGUUAACUCUAGCAGAACAUCAGCUUUUAUGUAGUCUUUAUGAUGACAUCCAGAAGCACUUCACAAGAGCAAUAACAAAGCAAAAUUCUACACCAAAGACACAAAAUCAUAUUUGAGCAGGUGACCAAAAGCUUGAUCAAAGAAUUAUGUUUUAAGGAGCAUCUUAAAAAGGAAAAACAGAAGUGGAGUGGGAUCUGUGGGGCCCAGACAGCUCAAGGCACACUACUAAAACCAGGAUGCUCAAGAGGCCAGAAUUAAUGGAUAUCCUGGAAGAGGCAAUCACAAUUGGGAGGGAUGAGGCAACAGAAAAUUUUAAAACAAGGUGGAGAAUUUUAAAAGCAAGGCAUUCACUAACUGGAGCCAUUGUAGGUCAGCAAAGACGGAGGUGCUAAGAUGCAAAAUUUGAAGUGAGUCAGGGUAUGUAGCACAGUUGUGGCUGAGCUCAAGUAUAUGUUAAAAUGUGGGAAACCAGCUGGUUGUGCAGUAGAAUAAUCCUGUUUAGAGGUAACACAUAUGUGAAUGAGGGUCUCAGAAGCUGAUGAGCUAAGGUAUGACCAAAAUUGUUUGAUGUUACUGAGGUGGAAAUACGCAGUCUUAGUGAUGGCCCUGUUAUGUGUUGAGAAGCUUAUCUGAGGUUCAAACAUGAUGCUAAGCCUGCAAAGAGAAACACUUCAUCUCAAACUGCCACUGGGGAGAGGGAAGCAGUUGAUAACUGGGGAAUACAGUUUGCAGCAGGACUUGAAAACAAUGGCUUCAAUUUUUGCAUUUUUGAAAGAAAUUUCUGCUCAUAGUACUAGAAGUUGGAUAAGUAAACUGGUUAUUUUUUGCAACAAUGGAGGAAUUGAUAAAAGUAAUCAUGACGUAGAGCUGAAUGCAGUGAAAACCACUUUUUAAUGAUGUUGUCAAAGGGUGGUAUGUAGAUAAGUAAUGGGAAGUGGAGCCAAGGCUACAUACCUGGGGGACAAUAGAGGUAAAAAUAAUGAUGGGCUGCGAUUAUCUGGUUAUGCUUAGAUAAGAAUUGUACGAUGUGAAUGUUGUCCCACUGAUCUGGAUGAUCGUGAGGGGGACAACGUGUAAACGGUGUCAAAAACUGCUGACAGGUCGAGAAAGAUAAAGGAUACCUUAGCUACUACCAUAUCAGAUGAUGUCUUUAGGCUAAUAAGAGUUAUUUUGGUACUACAGGAGGGGCGGAAACCUGGUUGGAGAGAUUCAAAAAUGGAGUUCCAGGAAAGAUGAAAAUGGUUUUGGUCGACAAAUACAAGUUCAAAGGGCUUUAGUGAUGGAACACUUAUUGAUAGAGAUGAGGCUGGAGGAGAUGUAAAAUAUGCAUUUAAACGUAUAGCUUGCUGUAGAGAAUAAAAGCCAAGAUUAAUCCAAGGUGAUCCGAUAAUAGUGAGAAACUCGACAGGAUACAAAAUGAUAUAAUGUAUACUGCAAUAAGCUUGAGGUAUGAAGACUUAGAACACUAGCAAAACUGAGCUAUUUCUGUAAUGAAAUUUGGUGUUUUAAGGACAUUCUUGCAUCAUUUAGUAUUUGUUUGAUUUAAAUAUAUAUGAAGUCAUGCAUACAGAUUUGAAACAAAUUUUAGUUCUCAUUUCUUUGCUCUCACUAGCAUUACAGUCUCUUGGCACUGAAACAAGUAUGGGUUAUUGGGUUAUUUUGGGUAAUUACACAAUGUCAUUCUUCCAUAAAUGCUAUUCAACACUGAACAACAGGAAUUAAUUAUGUUUCAUCUCAAAACACCAAGUUAUGUUGGCUUUUUGUGUCUUUUAGAAAAACAUUUGAGCUAUCAUUCAGCCCCUAAUGGAUGCAUAAAGACUUUUUCCUUGGCAGUUCAAUCCAGUUACUUCAGUUCCAUCUGUGUCUUAUUUCAGAAAUGUUAAAUGAAAACUACCUCUUUGCAUCAGAUCUUCCAAUGAGCCAAUUGGUAAAGUCACUUCCUGAGAGGUGAUAUAAUAUCUCUGGUUCAAUUCUUUGCUGAGUAAGCUGGUUUUAUCUAGUUCUACAAUUGGUCUCUGCACUCGUUGACAAGUAAAGGAGAAAGUAGCUAUUUUACAAAAAUAAAUUUGAAGUAUUGUUGAGUCAGACAAAUACAUCAGAUUGAGUCAGGUACAGUGCUGGCCUUCGUCCAUAUCCUCCAGUGGAUCAGAAAGCUACGCAUAAGAGCCAUAGAUAAACGUUUUUGCUCAUAACAUAAUCUUUAUGUUCUACUGCUAUACUGAGGAAGUGCUAUAUCAUUGAAGUCCUAAUUAGUAAUGGCUCAUUGGCAGUACUCCACUUCAAAUUAUUGGGUUCUUGCCCCAUUCCAUGAAAUCAAGAUUGAUACACUUCAAUGCAAGUUGAAGGAGUGCUGCAAUGUCAGGUGCAGUCUUUUGUGUGAGGUUUUUAAGCAAGAUUAUGCCUCCUUAGUGGACAUCAGUGUGAUCUUUUAAGAGAAUGUUUCUUGAUCAACAUCACAAAUAUAUAGGUUAUCUGGUCAUUAUCAUAUUGUUUGUGAGACCUUGCUCUGCGUAAAUUGCCUGCCAUGUUUCCUACAUUGUUUUUAAUUGGCUGGAAAGUGCAUUAAGAUGUCCUGAUGUUAUGGAAUACAUUACACAAAUGUAAGACUUUUAAGCAUGUCCUCAUUUCUCACCACUUUUUUUCCUUAACCACUGCCGGCAAAGAUCAAUUAAUUGGUUUCGCACCUCAUUAUUUGAGAUCUUACUGCUAUAUUUGCCUGCUUAAUGAUUGAAAUUUGGAAGCAACGCACUUUGCAGCACUUCAAUGCAUUUUGAUAUGAGUGGAUGUUCCACAAAUGCAAAGAUGACACACAGUACAGAAUAUAGCAUAUUAUAAAGUGUAGGAUAAACAGGAACUAUUCUUACACUUAAGCAUGUAUGUGUACAUUUGUUAUUACAAAUAAUCCUGAUGCAGCUUCUUUCUGUAAAGUAUUGUCAAAUGAAGUGAGAAAACUUUGAGAAGGAAUGGAGGCAUGUGAAAAACAGACUGAAUCAUGUAGCAUCUCUGGUUCCACCAAGUAGCACAAAAACCACCUCAACAGAGUACCUGAAUUCAGGAAUUUGGUGGCAGGGGAAUUCUAAAUGUUCUAAAGGUUAACCCCUUUCUAAAGUUUAGUCAACUAUUAUGUUUACCAUUCAAGUUCAACCAGACCUUGUUUCUUUUAUAGUGUUAAUCAGUCAUAACAAAACUGCUGAAUAGUGAAAGCUGCAGUUGAUUGGGUAACAAGUUUGAACUGGUAUCCUGGUCAUCUUGGGCUGAUCUAUUACUACUGUAUUAAUAAAAUGUUUUUGCUAACACGCAA